UUUACUUUGUGUUCUCGUGCAAAAAUGUUCUUCACGCUAAUACUACUGUCCUGCACAUUAUCUACUCUGGCCCAAAAUUAUGAUGAACCACAAUUUAUUGGAUGCUACACACAUUUUACAAGAGCCAAAUUCAAUUUUGUAGAUGGUAAAAGAAGCACACAGCAGUGUGUUUCGGAAUGCCAAAACAAAUAUUACAGGUAUGCAAAUAUUCAGGUGGACAACAAUUGUACAUGUGGUAAUUACCUAGGGGACUUUAAAGACACCAACAAUUGUAAAGUCUUCUGCUCUGGAUGUGAUCAGCAAAAUGAUCUUGUUGAUGUAUACAGUACAAGAAUCUUAGGCAAUGGGCCACCUAUUAAUUUAAUAAUUGAAAAUGUCACUGACACUCAAGCACAUCUUGCAUGGGAUGAGCCUGAAUCCUAUAUCACUAUUGAUAUGUACAAAAUUGUGGCCCGGGCCAUCUUUACCUAUUCACAUAUCAAGUUAGGUGAUUUAAUUUGGACUCAACCAAAUUCCACAAGAAUUGAGUUAAUUAACUUAAAUCCAGGUACUAAAUACAAUGUCAGUAUACAAGCAGUGUCAAAGGAGAAUGAUGGUGCACCAGUACAUGCAACUUUUGAAACUGAUAUUGGAGAACCUGAUCACGUGCCGUUUGAACCGAAAAUUGUUGAGAGAAUUGAAAAGGGCAUGAAAAUUCAGUUGAAACCAGUUGAGAACAGCAAUGGGCCAAUCACUUCAUAUUUAAUAAUUGUGAUCAAUUCUGGUUUAUGGCAAACUGUUCAGGUGGAUAAUCUUAAGGGAUACUAUCAGGCUAAAGCAGAAGGAUUUUCUUAUUAUGUAGCAGCUGAAAUUCAACCUACAAAUAUAAACGAAUUAUUUACUAUCGGUGAUGGUAGAAAUUAUGGUAAAUACUAUAAUGCUCCUUUGGAUAAAGAUUCGGUAUAUAAAGUUAUGUUAGGAGCUGUAAGUAAAAGUAAAGGUAUUGAAAAAAGGAUAUUCAGCGAGUCAAAUAUUGGAAGCGACGUGACUAUAUUAGAAAUGGAAAAUGAGGGUCAAUCUGAGUCUCCAAUAAUCAUAACAUUCUUGUGGAUAGCCAUCAUCUUAAUUACUUUGCUAUUGAUCGCUGGAUUGGGAUUAAUAUUUUUGUUGAGGAAAAGACUGCAUCGUCGAAACAGACAAAGAUUAAAUGAUAACCAAGAGUUAACUUUGCAAGGCCCAAUAAUCGAUUUAGAAAACAACGGAUAUAUCCACGACGAAGAAGGAGAGAGCACGAGUCAUUACAAGAAGCUGAAAGAAAAGAUCUGGUUGAUCCCGAGGAAUCUGUUAAAUAUAGAUCUGAACAAUUUAUUAGGUAUUGGUAGUUUCGGUAAAGUAUUCGAGGGAAAUGUCAUGAGAGACUCCAACUGGUCUCCGGCUUCCGUUUAUUGCAUAGAAGAUAGAAGCCUGGAGAAGGAAGACAAGAGAGUUAUGUUGAAAGAUCUAGAUUUGUUGAUUAAAGCUAGGAAACAUCAAAACGUUUUGGAACUUAUCGGUACUUGCGAAACACCGGAAAACGUUUUCGUGGUCUUGGAGCAUUCUUCUGUCAAUCUUAAAGAACUUCUAUUGAAUUCUCGUAUUCUAAUCAAUAAUAGGUUUACGAAUCUCUCCGAAUCUCAGUGUAUCGAUUUCGGAAUCGAUAUUGCUAAAGGCAUGGAAUUCUUACACGAAAGGAAGAUCGUACAUAAGAAGUUAUGUUCCAUCCACGUUGUUGUAAUUAAUGGGAACUGCGCCAAGAUCAGCGGCUUUGGUCUUGCCAAGUAUUACAAGACCGAUCAAACUCCUGACUUCAGUAGAUUCACAGCGAUGGAAGUUUUCAGAGGACAACAGCAUGUGAGCAAGAGCGACGUUUGGGCUUUUGCUUGCAUAUUAUGGGAAAUAAGUGCCUUAGGUGGAACGCCGUACGGGAACAUAUCACGUAACGAAUUACCAGAAAAAGUCAUUAGGGGACUACGCUUGUCCCAAUUACCAUAUCUCGAGGAUAGCUUAUACCAAAUUAUGCUUAACUGUUGGCAACUAGAUUUAGAUGAACGUCCAACCUUCGCAGAACUAAUAGAGACGUUGUUGCAACUCAAGAGUGAAUCGUUCUUAAACUUUGCGAUGUUUGAGGGCUUCCAAUACGAGCCAUACUAUUUAGAAUUAGACAUGCUGCGGGGAUCCAAUUAUUAGAGGUGGGUUUAUGUACGCUGAACACAAAAAGAAAACAAUUUGCCCACGUUGCAUAUCAACUGGUAACGAGUGUUAAGAGCAAUACAUUUAUUUUUUUAGUCAAGUUUAGCAAAAAAACGCAUUGUGUAUAUACUUAAUUUUUUUAUUAACUCUCGACUGAUUUUUCUUGCGAGCAGCUCUCAGCAAAUGUAAAAAAUAUACUGCUUUUAUUCAUCGUGGACAGCACAUAUAAAAUACGCAUUUAAAGAAAAACCACACAACGAAUGAACUCGAAAAUAUAACUUACACUUGUGUAUUAAAAAGUGGAACGAUAAAAUGGAAGAGAAAGACUAAUAUUAAAAGUAUAGUUUCGUUCCGUUCUCUUAAUCAUAUUUUAUACUUUUU